AUGUCUACCGAGGAUUUCGAUAAUUUAAAUAACAUCAUUCCAAUACGAUCUAUCGAGACAGGAAUACAAGAUAGGAACAAAAAAGUCAGCCUUGGAAACUUCACGUGGUCGUUGCUUACGGAGACUACCUUGAGAGAAAGGGACUUACGAGAAAGCGAACACCCUUCGGAGUAUUUGCGGGACUUUUUCGGAGACCCUCGGAAAGAACCUAUUUUAAAGGGUCCCGUUAGCACUACCAAGCAGAACCGUAGAGUCACUCAAUACAAAGGGAAAACUGACCUAAGAAAAGAAGUAGAGCUCACGAUAGAAACGGCGCAAUACCUUCGAUGA